AACGCGCUGAGUUUGCCGACGUGGGCGGUGCACGUCUCGAGCGUCACCGAAUGGGCGUUAGCGAUGAAAUACGUCGCCGGGCACGCGGAUAGGACCGGAAACGCGAGUUGGCGGAACCUCACGGUGGCCAUGUCUCCGUUUCUGGCGUCUGGUAUAACGGCGUGCACGUUUCAUGCGUUUUACAAUCCCGCGUCCAUCAACGCGCUCGUGCCUUUGCAGGCGCUGUUGACGUUGAUGGGUAACACAGGGUGCGCGGUAGCGGCGUACACGAUA